GUAUAUAAGCCGUAGCCCAGCCGUUGCUUUGCUUGUUCGACGCCACCCAGGCUUUCGUUUGGAUAUACGCUAUUUCUAGGUAGAGAAACGGUAGAUAGGUCAGCCAGCAAAAUGAAUCAUCACCGAAGUAGCUCACCACCCAUGGAGCCAGGUAGCACAUCAGUUAGUGUUAAAGUUUUCAGGCUUGAGAUCAGUGAAGGAUCUCCUCCUAAAAUCUCUCCAGAACCAGUACCACCUACCCCAGAGACAGAGCCACCUACCCCACAGCCAGAGCCAGCUACCCCAGAGCCAGAACCAGAAGCUCCACCUCCUCCACCACCACCUCCACCACCUCCAAAACGUAUGGCUGAACUAAAUGUUGGAAUCAAUGGAUUUGGACGUAUCGGGCGCUUGGUCCUCCGAGCCUGUGUAGAGAAGGGGAUCAAAGUUGUAGCUGUCAAUGAUCCUUUCAUUGACCUCAAAUACAUGGUCUACAUGUUCAAGUAUGAUUCUACACAUGGGCGCUUCAAGGGAGAAGUGAAAGCUGAAGAUGGCAAACUAGUAGUGAAUGGUUCAAAAAUCUCUGUAUUCCAGUGCAUGAAACCAACUGAAAUCCCUUGGGGAGAUGCAGGAGCUUUGUAUGUAGUAGAGUCCACUGGAGUCUUUCUCACCGUUGAUAAGGCUUCGGCUCAUCUCCACGGUGGAGCCAAGCGAGUAGUAGUGAGUGCACCAUCUCCUGAUGCUCCUAUGUUUGUGAUGGGAGUCAAUCAUGAGAAGUAUGAUCCAUCUAGCAUGAAUAUUGUGAGCAAUGCUUCCUGCACCACCAACUGCCUGGCACCUUUGGCCAAGGUCAUUCAUGACAGUUUUGGCAUUAUGGAGGGCCUUAUGACCACAGUUCAUGCUUAUACUGCUACUCAGAAGACUGUGGAUGGUCCCUCUGCAAAGGCUUGGCGUGAUGGGAGGGGUGCCCACCAGAACAUCAUUCCAGCUUCUACUGGUGCUGCAAAAGCUGUGGGCAAGGUCAUCCCUGAGCUUAAUGGGAGGCUCACUGGCAUGGCAUUCCGUGUGCCGGUAUGUGAUGUCUCGGUUGUUGACCUGACCUGCCGCCUCUCCAGGCCAGCCACCUAUGCGCAGAUCAAAGAUGCUGUCAAGAAGGCAUCUAAAGGGUCAAUGGCUGGAAUCCUGGGAUAUACAGAAGAUGAGGUUGUUUCUACUGAUUUCAUUGGUGAUCAGCGUUCUUCUAUCUUUGAUGCUGGAGCAGGAAUCUCCCUCAAUGAUAAUUUUGUGAAGCUCAUCUCUUGGUAUGAUAACGAAUAUGGCUACAGCUGCCGUGUAGCAGAUCUCCUGAAGCAUAUGUUCUCCAGGGAACACAACUGAGCACUGCCCACAUUCUUCAUUCCAGGCUAUCCGUCAGAGUGGCCUCUCACCCCUUUAGUCAAUAGAUUUGAUCUCCUGGCCAGUUCUUUGCUUCAACCACAGAACCCUGAACACUGCACCUGUUGUCACUGUGUAAAGCUUUGUGUGUGUGUGUGUACAUGUGAGUGUGAAUCUUGCUUUCCACAGCAGCUUGUAUGAGCUUUAAAAAUGUAGUGAAGACAAAUGCACCUAAUUCCCCCUGGAGAAAAGAGUGUCUAGCCUCUGGGGUUAUGCAUUGGUUUGUGUGGCUGUGGUGUCCUUGAGAUCUUGUAAGCUUUGAAAUAAAACCACUGAAGUUAUGUGAACCUGGAAA